GUUCAUAUCUGAUCUGAUCCCUUCGUUUCCGAAAAUCUACUGUGCCAAGAAAGUUUUUUUUUUUUUUACUUUUCUUGAGAGAAAUAUGUAAAUCAUAUAAAUCCCAUUUCUUUCUCACCCUUGUAUUCAGCUAGAUUCACUAUCGAGUAUCGACCCUUCUUCUUCUUCUUCAUCUUCAUCCAUCUUUCUUUGCCCAUCUCACUGAAAACCCUUUUUUUUUCUAUUCGAAUACAUCAUCUUUGGGGAAAGAAAGAGAGAGUCUUUAACUCUUUAGGGUUUUAGCCAUCGAUAAGUUGGUGGGUUCAGAGUUAUGUCGGGUCUAUAUAAUCCUAACUUCUCUCCGGCAAGAGCCGUUUCUCCUCAGAUUAGAAGUGCGUCAGAUGUGGAAAGUAAUCAGUAUUUGACGGAGUUGUUGGCAGAACAUCAAAAGAUGGCACCAUUCAUGCAGGUUCUACCAAACUGUAGUAGACUUUUGAAUCAAGAGAUUUUAAGAAUUUCAGGAAUGAUGCCCAACCAAGCCUUUGGUGAACUAGACAGAUUGCGACAUAGAAGCCCGAGUCCUAUGGCCUCUUCAAACAUCAUACCUAAUGUUGGAAGGAUUGGGGGCUGGAAUGGUGGCCUUCCACAAGAGAGAUUGAGCAGACCACCUGGAAUGACUAUGGAUUGGCAAGGGGCGCCAGCAAGUCCCAGUUCAUACACUGUCAAGAGGAUUUUGCGUUUAGAGAUUCCUGUAGAUAUUUAUCCAAAUUUCAACUUUGUUGGGCGACUGUUGGGACCCAGGGGCAAUUCCCUAAAACGGGUUGAAGUUACUACUGGAUGCCGGGUUUUCAUAAGGGGAAAUGGGUCAAUCAAGGAUCCAGACAAGGAAGAGAAGCUGCGUGGAAGGCCAGGGUACGAGCAUUUGAACGAGCCUCUCCACAUCUUAAUCGAGGCUGAUUUACCUGCAAACAUAAUUGAAAUGAGACUAAGGCAGGCGCAGGAAAUCAUAGAAGAGUUGCUGAAACCCGUGGAGGAAUCUGAUGAUUAUAUAAAGAGACAACAAUUGAGAGAGCUAGCUUUGUUGAACUCCAACUUCAGGGAAGAGAGCCCCGGACCCAGUGGCAGCGUUUCUCCUUUCAAUACCAGUGGCAUGAAACGUCCCAAAACCGGGCGCUGACACUCUCAUGUCAAAAUAAAAAACAAAAACAAAAAACAUAAAUUGCUGAUGUUUCUCUGGUGGGUGGUGACAUUGUUUUUUUUUUUCCUAUUUAACUUUGAACAAUUGAAGUAUUACUGAUGAUGAUGAAGAACAACAAGCCCACCAAAAUAAAAACAACAAAAAAAACAUUAAAAAUAUUGUUUUAUACUUUUUUUGUUUAAUUAGUUUUUCAUUUUUUUGGGGGAAGUUAAUUAGCUUAUGUUUAACUCAAUUCAUUGGAUUUAUUCUUGUGUAUUAUCGUGUUAUAUAUUAUUAUAUAAACAUUUGACAA